UAAUUUAUUCGAGAAAUAUGCACCUUUAAAACACGAAUCAAUACUUCAAAAGUCGCAGUUAAAAUCAAGAAUCCCAUUACCUGCGACCAGUCCAUAUGUUAGACGACGAGCCAUAGCCAAAGCGAGUGCGAAGACGGAGAGAGAUGAAUGGAAUAUGAUCAAGGGACUUGCAGCAGAAUCGAUACCAGGAUUGGGUUCGCAAAUACCCAGGCUGGUUACGCUUCCAUAUAAUCAGCAUCUACAGCUAAAGCUGCAGCAGCGGCAGCCGCAGCACCCGCAGCAGUCGCAGCAACAGCAGCAGCAGCAGCAGCAGCAUCUUCGUUUGACAGGUCAAAAGAAAGCAAUUAAGGCGAAAUGGGAAGGUAUACUAAAUCCAUGGCGCCCCACCGUUUCUCAUAUACCAGUUUGUCGAACGAUACAAAUGCAGUGCACCCAGAAUACCCAUCAGCGUUUGCAUCAGCGGCAAAAGGAUUUGCAACGCAAACGCCAGCAAAUAAUCGAGGAGAGGGACUCAUUCUUUGAGAAUUCCUUUUACUCAUAUUCCUCUUGCUCAUCCUCUUCUUCAAGCUCCCGCUCCAGCUCCAGCUCCAGCUCAAGCAUGUCAUUAAGUUUAUCCUUAUUUCUGCCCUUUCCAUAUUUAAAUCGCCAUCUAAUGAAUGCAUUUGGUGAUUCCAAGACCAAAUCAGUCAAAUCAACGAUGGUCAAACAGAAACAAGUAUCAUCGAUUCCACUGCAAUUCCAUCGAUUUAAUUGCAGCGACAGUCGUCAAGUAAAUAUACCGUGUCAAUUGAUGAAUCGCUAUUCCCUGUUUAUGCGUCAGCAUCGUAAACCCAUCCAGUUAUCGGCUAUCAGGUCGUGCACAGUGCUGCGUCUUCUCCAAUGGAUGCAGCGACAUCGUCACGAUAAUAUUCAACAGCUGGCCCAUUCCCUACCCCUUCCGAGCAAUCCAAAUCCAACGUGGGAUGAAAGUUUCUUGGCUGAGGGCGGUCUAAGCCAACUGGUCGAAUUGAUAUUGGCCUGCAACUAUUUGGGUGUCGAUCCGCUUCUGACUCAUGCCACACAUUACUUUGAUCAGCUGAUGGCCCAACGCUGCCAGGCCGAACAAUUGCUUUUGUCUGGCAUCAGUCAAAUCCUGACCGAGGUGCAUGACAGCAAGAUUAUUAAUCGGCAGGCAGCAGCGCCAUCAUCAUCCCAAUCACUAGUGCCAAUGGAACCGAUUUUAGUUCCCAAGCAGACCACUUUCAGGCAUCAUCAAUGUUAUCACAAAAGGAUCUAAAAUACAAAAACAAAAAAAUACAAACAAAUGUUCGAGUCAAUAAAGUGUUAAAUGAUAAAGGCUACAAGA